AUGCCUCCAGCAGAAAGGUCCAAACACAAGAAACACCAUAAUGAUCCGUAUCCUCUAGACAAGAGUACCAUUCGCCUCUGUAAACGCGCACCGGGCUGUCGGUGUUACAAUUGCCAAAAGAGAGCUGAAAACCACACCGCUGAAAAUAAAGAAGAAGAUGACUUAAGCAUGCCGGACAAAAGUCAGAAAGGCGAAAGCUCGCAGGUUAAGCCCAGAGAUACUGAAGAGCUGCAAGAAGCGACAAAAGAGGUAGGCGAGGUGGAGAUUGGAGAGGGCGAGAAGGGCUCAGAAGGAUCGAAGGGAUCAAUGCGAUUUGCUGAGGGGAAAAGAGGGAUUCUUAAACGCAGCGGGGAAUCUGAGGGGUCACAUACGAUAGAAAAAGAAGAAAAGCGUGUUGGUUUUGAGUAUGGCGUGGGUCGUGGGAGAUCAGAUGGUAGGAAAGGGCAAGGGAGAUAUGUUGGCGCGCCACGCCGAAAUUGA